AUUCCCAAUAUAAUGUUUUGACAACUCAAAGUGAUGUUUGCUAUGUUUCUUAAUUGCUUUAACUUUGUAAUAUGUUUAAUAUAAAAUAAUAAAUCGCUGCUUAAGUAGUUACUUUUACCGUUUAAAGAUUUCCUACGAAAUGGAAACCGCAUAUGACGAAAUGGGUUCAUACUCAUUAAUGUCAAUCGACGAGAGGCUAAUCGACCUAGUACGUAGCCAUAAAAUACUUUACAACAAACACUGUUUAGGAUAUAGGGGUGCUGAACAAAAGCAGGAAGCAUGGUUUGAAAUUAGUGCGCAACUGGGAAUUGCCGCUGAAGACUGCUCCAAAAGAUGGAAGAGUUUACGAGAACGUUAUUCCAGAGUACUCAAGCAGGUAGACACGCUGUCCGAAAGCAAAGUGAAUGCUACUGUAAAUUGGCCGUUGUUUAGUUCACUUUCCUUUCUCAGGAGUUAUGUAAAACAAAGAACCUCUCGCCGCUCAUUGAACGAUAACAAAGAUUCCAGUUUCAUAGCGAGACGCCCGAAAAGGUUCAAACAAAUAAGUGCGGAGAGUAAUGAACUUCCCGACUCAUACAAUCCCUUAAAUGAACUUCGCAGGGACAAAAUGGAAAUGCCAAUAGAGAUCGAGGCUAUUCAAUCGCUUGCUCCAAAAGUGGAAGAAAAAGUAGUGAUAAAAAAAGAAAGUGAUGCUGUGCUUUCCUUUGGACAAACAGUUGCUGCAAUCAUAUCAGAAAUGAGCGAAGCGAAACAAGCAAAAGCGAUGCGCAUCUUAUUCGAUGCUUUAAUAACAAUUAAAACAGAACCCGAAGAAACUUAAAAAAAUGUUGUUUUAAGUCUCGUCUAUUUUGAUUUGGUCUGAAACUUUUGUUUAUUCAAAUCUCCGCAUUAAUAUAUUGCUGCGGAGUAUUUUAUAGAUAACAUAAUGAAGUAGUGUUCCAACUUUCUUGUUGUUGUUGUUGUUUCUCCUUAGUCCUGCUGUGAUGAGAUGAUCCUAAAAAUUAGUUUAAAAAUUGAAAAUAAGAAAUAUAAGGAUUAAGAUAUUGAAAUAGUAUAGUAAAUAAAUAAGAUAAAGUGAGAAACAUACAAAUUACAUAUUACAUGAAAGGGAAUUCGCAAAAAUAUGAAAGCUAGCUGCAAAAACGGCGAGCGAUGAUUCAGACUACCACGAACACAUUU